AUGGAGCAACUUUUGUAUUUACUUGCAAUCACCGCAACAUGUGUGGCUUUCCCGCAAGAUCUAUCAGGUAAAAUGUUCACCUUUCCCGUCGGGUCCAAUACGGAUCAUGUUCGACUGAUGCCAUCCAGAGAAAAUUUCACCUCUGUCUCUGUCUGCCUUAGGUCCUUCACAGACCUCAGCAGAGGCCAUACUCUAUUCUCUCUGGCCACGCAGACACACUUCAAUGACAUUGUGCUCUUUAAAAGAAACCAAGAUGAUCAAAUCCGACUGCACAUUCGAGAUGGUACUGCUGACUUCAUGGGGCAGUCUUAUGGGCUCAACAGAUGGCAUUCUAUCUGUCUGACCUGGCACUCUGAGACUGGUCUGGGCCAGAUAUGGCUUGAUGGGCAACCCAGCGCACGAAAAUUUGUUCGCUCAGGGGAGGCCAUUAAUGGAAGCACCUUCAUUGUCCUAGGGCAGGACCAGGACAGGUUUGGAGGGGGGUUUAACACGCGACAGUCAUUUGUCGGGAUGCUCGCUGAUGUCCACAUGUGGGACUAUGUCCUUUCUUACUGUGAGAUCACCCGCUUUACUAACAAUGAUAAUUUUACUCCGGGAAACAUUCUAAACUGGAGAGGUCUUGAAUUUGACUCCAUUGGGAAUGUGAUUGUUGAAAACAGGACCCCAGAAUACUGUUUCUAG